AUGUCUGACUUCGAUGAUGAUGCUUUCGACACGGCACCUAAUUAUGAAAAGAUGCGCGAAAGUAAAAAAUCAAAGAAAAAAAAAUCGAACAAGAAGAAGAAACGUUCAACUGAAACCAAUGCUACAUCAAAUCUUCAAAUAAGCAAUAAAAAUAAUGAAGAAAAUAUUGAAAUUACACCGGAUACCGAUGUAACUGAAAGUGCUAAAAAAAAUUGGGCUGAUCUUCAUGUGUCGGAAAACAUCAUCCGUUCAUUAGUUGAACAGAAGUUUUACGAACCAACUCCAAUACAACGUCUUACUUUACCAGCUGCUAUACAUGAUAAUCUAGAUAUUAUUGGUGCUGCUGAAACUGGAAGUGGAAAAACAUUAGCUUUUGCAAUUCCAAUUCUUACUCAUAUGAUUACAUUAUUGGAAAAAAAUGAAAUAUCUUAUGGGCAAUUUACAACUUUAAUUCUUACACCAACUCGUGAAUUAGCUGUUCAAAUCAAAUCUCAUAUUCAAAUUGCAUGUCGUUAUACCAAAUUUAAAACUGCUGUUGUUGUUGGUGGUAUGUCUACACAAAAACAAGAACGUCAAUUAUCUCAAAAACCUGAUAUAGUUGUUGCUACACCUGGUCGAUUUUUUGAAUUAUUAGAAGAAAAUAAUCAACAUAUUGUUGAUAUGUCUAAUCUUCGAUUUUUAGCUGUUGAUGAAACUGAUCGAAUGAUUGAAAAAGGACAUUUUGAAGAAUUAGAAAAAAUUCUUAAAUUAAUCAAUAAUGAUAAUAAUCAAAUACGUCAAAAAUUUGUUUUCUCUGCUACACUUAUGUUACAACCAACAACAAACAAUAAUGAAAAUAAAAAACAAAAAAAGAAGAAAAAAGAAGAUAAUCAAGAUAAACUUGCUACAUUAAUUUCCGCUGUCGGAAUGAAUGCUAAACCUAAGAUAAUUGAUUUAACAAAAAAAUUCGGUACAGCUGAAACAUUAACUGAAGCUUGUGUUAAUUGUUCAUUAGAAGAUAAAGAUUUAUAUCUAUAUUAUUUUCUAAUAUUAUAUCCCGGUCGAACAUUAAUAUUUACAAAUAGUAUUGAUUGUAUAAAACGUUUGCAAUCAAUUUUAACAUUGUUAAAAAGAAAUCCAUUACCAUUACAUGCACAAAUGGAACAAAAACAACGUUUAACUAAUCUAGAAAGAUUUUCUAAUUCAACGAAUGGUGUACUAGUUGCAACAGAUGUUGCAGCACGUGGUUUGGAUAUUCCAAAUAUUAAUCAUAUUAUUCAUUAUCAAGUACCACGAACAACUGAACUUUAUAUUCAUCGUAGUGGUCGAACAGCUCGUGCUGAACGUCAAGGUUUGAGUGUAAUGUUUAUUUGUCCAGAAGAAUUAUUUCUCUAUCGAAAAAUAAUUAAAACACUCAAUCGAGAUGAAGAUCUUCAAACAUUUCCUGUUGACGUAACAUAUUUAUCAAAUUUAAAACGACGUGUUCGUCUUGCAUCUGAAAUAUCUAAACUUCAUCAUCAAGUUGCUAAAGUAGCAAAUGAAAAUAAUUGGUAUCAUAAAGCAGCAAAAGAAUUAGAUAUUGAAUUGGACGAUAAUAUUCGUGAUGUUGAAAAAGCUAGAACAGCAAAUUCAAAAGAUAUUCAAAAGAAAGAAAUGGAAUUACGUAAUGAACUUGAUUCAUUAUUGAGACAAUCAUUAAAAUUUACAUCAACAUUCAAUAUUGGUGGUUCAUAUCCACUUCUAUUUGGUGAUCCUGAUCAAUUAGCAUCAAAACGAAAAAUUGAUAUGACUGCAUUAGAUGAAUUGAAACAUCGAUCAUAA